AUGUUGCGCACGAUGGUGGGUGCAGCGAGGAGCGACAUGUUCUUCCAUGCAACGUUGGCACGCUCGUUCAUCAACGCCCUAUCGCUCCGUGGAGAUGACGACGUUAUCGAUCGACUUAAUUAUUACUAUACACCAAUUAUGCUCUGUAUUGCAUGCCUCAUCAUUAGUGCUAAACAGUAUGGUGGCACUCCGAUCGAAUGUUGGGUGAAUCCCCAUUCAAGGGAAAGCAUGGAAGAAUAUAUUGAGAGUUACUGCUGGAUACAGAACACCUACUGGGUUCCAAUGUACGAGAACAUUCCAGAUGACCACACCGCUCGAGAAGAUAAACAAAUUGGCUACUACCAAUGGGUGCCAUUCAUCCUGAUCGCCGAGGCCCUUAUGUUCUCCUUGCCAUGCAUUUUCUGGCGGCUUCUUUCGUGGCAGUCUGGAUUAAAUAUUCAACACCUCAUCAAUGCCGCCUGCGAUACUCAAGCUGUUGUCGAUCCAUCGGAACGCCAGAAGGCAAUCGACGCACUUGCAUCGUGCUUCGUAGACAAUCUGGAUCUGCAAGCACCGAACGCAGAAUUGCCAUUGCGAAGUUUGAUGGGAAGAAUGAAAUGUAAAAGGCUGCUUGCCGGUCACUAUGUUUCCACACUAUAUCUCAUGACGAAACUCUUCUAUACGCUCAAUAUUGUUGUCCAGUUUAUACUACUUAAUGCGUGCCUCAAAUCCGACGAGUAUCUAUUUUUUGGAUUCCAGGUUCUACAAGAUUUGAUGAAUGGUAAGCCGUGGACAGAGUCUGGUCAUUUUCCUCGUGUGACCUUGUGCGACUUCGAAGUGAGAUAUCUGGCAAAUCUCAACAGAUACACUGUACAAUGCGCUUUGCUCAUUAAUAUAAUCAACGAGAAAGUAUUCGCUUUUCUAUGGUGCUGGUACCUGCUCAUUUCGACGUUGUGUUGGAUGAUAAAUAGCCUGUUGCCGUCCGAAAAAAUUGACUACGUGCUCAAAUUCAUGCAAAUCGCCCAAUCGAGUGAUAUGAAGAAGCGGCUGAAAUUUUUGAAGGGAAAUACGGUAGAACGCGUCUACUCGGUCAUCCCGUUUGCGCCUCAUCUCCUGGAUCGAUUCGUUCUUCAGUUUCUCAAAUCUGAUGGGGUUUUUAUUCUGCGAAUGAUGGCGAAUCAUGCCGGUGAUAUUGUGGUGGUUCAUGUGGUGAAAGCGCUCUGGCAGGAAUUUCGAGAACGGAAUUGGCGUGAGUUCGAGGAAUUCGAGGAGCUCAAAGACCAACAUUUUCGGCACCUUCCCAAGCACGCUUUGUUAAUUUCUACGGCUUCUCCUGGCCGUCUUUCCCUCGCUGCGCUAUUAGAACGAUGA